AUGCGGGGACCUACCAUUCUCAAGGCCACCGAUGAUAAGACAAGACAGUUGAACAAGCAUACGCUGCUGGCGUUCUCCGGAGAGGCAGGCGACACAGUACAAUUCGCGGAAUAUAUCCAGGCCAAUUCCCAGCUCUACUCAAUGCGCAAUGAGACCGACCUUUCUCCAGCAGCCCUCGCACACUUUGUCCGCGGUGAGCUAGCAUCCAGCUUGCGCUCGCGGCACCCUUACUCUGUCAACCUGCUCCUCGGCGGCGUCGACCCCAUUUCUGGCAAACCCAGUCUCUACUGGAUCGAUUAUCUGGCAUCGCUGGCUCCGGUGCCCUAUGCCGCCCACGGUUACGCACAAUAUUACUGCCUAUCUCUCCUCGACAAGCAUCAUCAUCCCGAUAUUGACCUCGAUCAGGGACGCAAGCUUCUCGAUAUGUGCGCCGACGAGCUGAAGAGGCGGUUACCUAUAGACUUCAAGGGUCUAGUGGUCAAGGCAGUGACUAAGAACGGAAUUGUGGACCUGCCGUUUGACGAUGAUAGGAUUGUCAAGAGCGCGAAUUUCGUGCGCGCGAUGGGCAUUGGGAAACACGAAACAGACACUCUUGUUGACUUCAAUGCCGGAAGCUCGAGCCAGGAUGUGAGAUGUAGAAAGGACGUAAAUUACAUGCAAAGUAGGAUGCUAACCAAUGGGACGGCUGGCAUCAACGGCAACGCUGAUCUCGCCCAGCAGAAGAACCUGCCGCAGUACAAACGCACCACCCCGGAUUUCAGGGUUGGAUGA